AUGGAGAGGCAGCUCCACACUCCCACUAACAUCUUCCUCCUCUCUCUGGCUGUCUCAGACUUUCUUGUGGGUCUCCUUUUGAUGCCGUUUGAAAUCCUUAGAAACACAGCAUGCUGGUUACUUGGAGACAUAGCUUGUUCUUUAUAUCUGUUUGUGGUUUCACUUUUACUUUGUGUUUCCAAUGGAAAUAUUGUUCUUAUAUCAGUUGACCGCUACUUAGCCAUUUGUUACCCUCUGAAUUAUUCCACCAGAAUCACAACAGCAAAAGCCAAAAGAUAUAUUUUUUUGUGUUGGUUCUUGUCCUCGUUGUCCAGUGUUUUCUACGUCAGAGAUCAACUGAUUCAACCAGGCAAAAGUAAUUCUUGCUUUGGUGGAUGUGAACUUGCCAUUGAUUAUGUUGCCGGAAUUGUUGACCUUAUUUUAAAUUUCAUAUUUUCAGUAACUCUUAUUGUGGUUCUGUACACCCAAGUGUUUGUGGUGGCAGUGUCUCAGGCUCGAGCCAUGUGCUCUAGAGUUACAGCAACUUCACCGCAGCAUUCAGCAAAACCAAAAGCAAAGAGAUCUGAGCUGAAAGCUGCCAGGACUCUUGGCAUUCUUGUCUUUGUUUAUCUGUUAUGUUUCUGCCCUUAUUACGGUUACUCACUUGUUCAAGUGAAGAUCACCAGUAGCUCAUUUGCAUUUUUUGUUGUUUUUCUUUUUUUUUCAAACUCCUGUUUUAACCCUGUGAUCUAUGCUUUAUUUUAUCGCUGGUUUAGAAAAGCGAUUAAACUCAUCCUCACCCUGCAGAUUCUGCAGCCAGGCUCCUGUGAGACAAACAUGCUGUAGAGCACAAGUGUCCAACUCCAGGCCUCUAGGGCCAACAGCAAACGUGUUUUCCAACUAACCUGCUAUUUGAGCUUCUCAUAGGCAAAACACACCUGAUCCAGGAUAUCAGCAGUAAGUGGGGCUGGAUUUCUCUGCACGAUGCUGCUUUAGAAAGACUGUGGACUAACUGACAGUGAGCUCCAAUAUUUAGUGAAAUCCAAUAUUUUCAACAACCAAGUAAAUUAUACCAAUAUAACAUCCAUGUUACUGACUAGUUAUACACUUUGAAUUACAGUAAAGAAAUGUUGUACUCUGUGUUCUUUGAAAAUGGAAAUAGCUGAGCAGACCUGCUGUUCACCAUGUUCAAGAAGAAUUACAACAACAAAAAUGAAAUAUGACAAAGUAUUUAUUUACAUGUAAUUAAGCAUAAAUAAAAUAUGUAUUCCAUAAAUGUGGUAAAUUCAAAAUAACAUUGCUGUUUUCAUAAAUUAAAGGAAACUGUUGUUGAAAGUAUUUCUCUUUCUUCUUUUUUUACUUUGGCUG